AUGGUGAUUAGAGCCUUGUGGUAAUUAUAUUACUUUCUGUAACAAAUCAUAGUUUCUAAUGAAGCUGUUAAAAUAUUUAGCUUCCACAAAACAAAGCCUCUCAAAGUGGGGAAGCAGUCUGAGUUUCAGAAGAGGAACUAACACAGGGUUUUGCAGAAGUGCCUUCUUCUUUGAAAAGCAGCUUAUCUUUUGAAAUCAGAUUUUCAUGCUUUUGCCUCAUGAAAAGGAAUCUUUAGUGCAAAAAUCACUAAUUCAAAAUCUGACAAAUUUGAGCUACUGUGCGUCAGAUAAGCGUAAAGAGUGGUUUUAUAAUGUAGUCUUCCUUCCUCAUAUCCGAGCGCUUUUUGUAGCUAUGUUUUUAUAAUUCUAUGCUUUUGGGCUGCUUGGCUCUUGGAUUAAGUGGAGUGUGUCCUCUUCAUAUAUCAUGAUAGAGAGGUGCAAAGUUAACCAAGUGUGUUUCAUCCUUGUCCUCUGUGUGGAAGGGCAGGAGUUUGUCUCCUCUUUCUACUUUAUCCUCAAGAAAGUCUCUCUGUUGAUUAAUUUAACAAAUAGUUUUUCUGUAUCUGUUAGUGAAAGGAGAUUUUGAAGAUCUAGGCAUUUGGCACCAAAAGUUACAUUCUAAUACAUCUCUUAUAUUUAAUAGCUUCAGUACUGCUAAAUAGUCCAUGGAACAUGGCAUAUCUCAGGUCUUCAGUUUCCACUGCUCCCCUCACAAUGGCCUCUAUACCCUCAUCAGAUAAAAUAUGUCAAUCAAUACUAGAUCAUAUCUUCUCUUUCAAAAGAAUGUGUAGUAUUACAGAUAGAUCUAGCUAUUAUUUAUCAAGAUUCAGAUUAUCUGAGUUGGAAAAAAAGUGAUUCAAAAGGGAUUUUAGAGUAGUGGAUUGACUUUUUCUGUAAUGAUUGACAGAUAAAUCAUCCUCUGUUUUGGUUACAUUGUGAUAUUUUGAUGAUAUAAUUUCUUCAAAAAAGUAGUGGAACUUAAUUCACACUUUCUUCUCUUCUAACUACUGCCAGUAGUCACGCUUCCUGUACUACUUGGUGCAGUUGAAGGCUUUUGAAACAAGUAGAGAUCUAUAUUCUGAACUAGUUUUGUUCCCUUAACAGAAAUUGUGCUUUGUUCAUUCAACAAUUCUGAAAUUGACUACUCCAAGAAACUACAGGAAAUCCUAUUAAGUUUUAGAAAUUGUCCUAGGAAUUUCUGUUGUUCUCAGGCAUCUUUUUUCCUUUUGGGAGACGGGAAUGUUGAGGGAGAAAUUUCAUUUUGGUAACAUCAGUUCUUUGCAUUAACUUGUGCUUUGCCACUGUUCAGGUAAAGUUAAUUGUUUUUAUAUGUAUUUAAGUAAUUCAAAAUUAGUCCAUCACUUUUAGACUCAACCUUUCCUAGAACAUUACAUUAAUUUCUUCUUCUUUUUCAAGACUUAGACCUGCUACAGAAUUUAUUUGCAGAUGCAAAGUUUAUACAUCAAGAUCUUUCAAGCUUUUCUAAAACCUCCAGAUACUGUGAAACAAAAAUGUUUAACAUAUUCAUGCUAAAAGGAGCUCGGAGUCUUUUAGCGACACGAAAAAGGGAAGAUAACCUUGAAAAUUUCAUAAAAUCCCAGAAAGAAACCCAUCUCUUUCAGAUACUCUCUUGCAAAUUGAUUUAGCUUUUUUAUUUUAUUCAGAUUUGCUACAUUUUCAUCUGAGCUCUUCCAUAUACAGGACUGUGUAGUUAGGUUUUAGACUUCUUCAAAGAUACUUUUGUAUAAUACAGCUGUCUUAACAGAUUAAGGAGUUCUGCUUGUAAAAGGCAGAAGUUUGUUUUCUGGCAUUUGUGAAAGAGUAAUCAAAUCAUUAACCAUUUCAUUAGGAGGCUAAUAUUUUUUUUAAACUUAAAAGCAUUAGAAAUUUUUUUUAAUGAGACAAACGAACUUGUAUGUGUGUGUUUUUCCAUAUAUAUUUUACCCCGAGGAUCCAUUUUACCCACUUCUUUGGAAUCUUACUGUGGAUCCUUUGAAUUAGGAAGAAGUGAAGCUGUAAUAACUUUAUUUCCAAUAAUUGGAUCAGUUAGGGGGCAUUUGGAUGCCUGCUGUGGGCCCUUCUUUUUUUGGUUCGUUCCAAGCCCUUAGCAGCAGAGACACACAUCCCAAGAGUGUGAAUCUGCCGGAGCAAAACUCUCAAAACUACAGUUAUAGGUAAGUAACCUUUUUCUCUUACCUUUUAAGUUCUUACUCAGCUACUCUCCCUUUCUCCCCAUUACCCAUCUCCCCCAUAAAAUUUCCUAAAGAGGAAACCAAUAGAAGAAUACUAUUAAGAAUUAGUUUGUUUAUGUCUAAUUUUAUGUAGUUAAUUAUUGAAGUGACAAUGUGUAAUUAUAACCAGUAUAUUAGCAUUCAUUUCCAAAAAUAUAUUGUAGGGGCUUAUUUCCUUUAAAAUGGAGCUACAAGUAGUAAUUUAUAUAGUAAUCUUGCAGAUUACAGUCACUAAUACCAGAAGGUGAAGAGAUAGAGUGUGAAAGAUAAAUGAGUGUCUUUAUAGUAGAAUGUGAGACUUAGGUAUCAUGUGUUUUGUGUAUACAAACUUUCAUUAGGUCUGCAUUUUGUAGUGUGAUGUAAUGGAUGAAACUGGCACCUUAUAUAGCUCUUCCAAAAAAACACAGCUUUGCAGCCUCCAGGUCCUAUAAAAGACAGAUUUUGUGUUUGUGUGUGUUCAGACAUGUUUUAAGAAAAGUAAAGGGAAGAAAUUCCUGUUCUGUUAGAGGAAUUGCAAUGAAAUAUUGCAAUGUUUACACCUAUCUGUGAAAAGUUACUUCCUUUUACAGUUUUUAUAAAAAUUAAUAUACUUUAGAAAUAAAAAAUGCUUUUCUUUAAAAAAAAAGGAUCAUAUAAUUUAAUAGCAUUUUUAUUUGUGCUCAUAUGUAAAAUGAAAUCAAAAUUCCUCUAUUUAUACUGGGUUGUACUUUACAGAUGAUAGUGCAGAAAACAGCUCUUGUAAGAAGGUGUAGAAAAUAACUAAACUGUAGCAGUUUAGCAAGAAACCCUCUUUGUUUCAGCCUACACUGUAAAUUAAGACUAGGAAAUUCAAUAUAAAUUGCAUGUAAUCUAUACCCUUGAUUGUACCUGUUGGAUGAGAGGAUUUAUGAUACCAUUAACCCCAUAAUGACUUACAUUCUAGGACAGACAUUUCUUUAUAAUUGAUUUAAAUCUUGAUAAAGAAAUGGCACAAGUAGUUAAUAAACCCUAUUAAAAGCUUAAGCCCAGCAUUUCUGUAGUUCACAGUCACUAAGUUUGUGCUGACAUCAACUUAAGAAGACACAAAUUCUUUUUUUUCAUUGUCAUGGAAUAUAAAUGUUAAUCUAGUUAAUUGAAGAUAUUUUUGAGUACAAGGCAGAACAAAAUCGACAGUUGGAAGGGGGAAGAGAAAGUCACUGCUUAUUUCUAAAGUUUUCUGUCUAUACCAGUGAAUUAAAAUCUAAUUGGAUAAUGUUAGCCAUGAUGCUUAAGAGUUUUCAUUCUGAUGUUAGUGUGUUGCAUUUUUCUUGUGGAAUUAGAUGCUGCACUGGAUAUUUUAAACUAAGUGCACUUGGGGUUUUGCUCAGAUAUUUUGAGUUUACAAAACUGUAAUUUUGUGCAAAAUCACAUGGUUAAAACCUAGCAUUUAUGCUGAAAAAUCUAUCUCAUAAAGUCAUAUGGUUUAUGAAAGCAAUAUUAAAUUCAGGGAGCUUAAGUUAGACUUUCCAAUCUCUAAACAAAUGUCGAUAUUUGAUUAUACUUUUCUGCAGUUCAAUUUUUUGUUAUUUCCUGGUGUAGCAUUUCCUUUGUCAUACUAUAAUUGACAGAGAAUAGUGAGCAACCAGACGUCCCAAAGCAGAAAAAUUCAUAUGACACUAUGAUGAUUGUGUUAUUGCUACAUCUAAGAAAACAAUCAAAACUUCAGAAUCUUAAUUUUGAUGAAGUUUACUACACCUUAAGGCAUGUCAGGGAUCUCUGUAGCCUUUUUGUGUUUUAAACUGAGUGAGUUUAGACAUCAUUCUGAUGGGGUUUCCUUUUUGGAUGAUGACCAGCAAUUUGAUGAAGUCUUUUAACAGGUUGCUAAAGAGUAGCAGGUGUUUCUGUUCUGAGUCUUGCAAGUCUGUUUCUUUGAACUGCAGCAGCUGGAAGUCCUCUGGUCUCUUCAGAGAUUUUUGGAAUUAUGUACCAUUCUAUAAACCUUCCUAUAUGAGGUUCAUGACUGUACUUUCUUGAUUUCUUCUGUUAGGGAAGAAGUAGUGAGAAUAAAAUCUUCGCCCUCUGUUGGCUGUAUCUCUCCUUCAAGGGGAAGAGCUAGUAGUGUGGAAAUAUCUUCUGCUGAAGGGAAGGGUUCUGUUUGAUUGUACAAUUCUUUUUUUUCAUUUGGCAUAAGACUUUGAGGGGAAGUCAGAUGAGAACAAACUCUUAUGGACUGUGCAUACAUGAAGGAGCUGAAAAGAAUGGAUAUUUGUCCUAACUCCACUGAUAGGUCAUCCAUUAGUACCAUUAAAGUAAUUUUAAAGAUUCCUUGUAUACAGAUUAGAUUCUUGUGGUCUACAGAGCACUGUUAGCUGGGGGGACAGGGCACUUAGACAGCUUCAAAGAGAUCUGUGGAAAAUAACCAAGAAAAGGAAACAGUUAACAGUAGACAUGUUUGUUAUUUGAACAUUUAGCUAUGUGUCAUUUGUAGAAAAUUUCUCAUCUUGAUUAGAAAGCUUAAAUAAGAUAAGCUUAUAAUUGGUCUGUGUCUGACUUGUCUCUGAUGCUAAAAAAUAGAAAGUUUGACAAUAUGUAAUUACAUCUUAGGACUAGUAUAUUGAGUUAAAUUUGUUAAUUUGUGAUAUAAUUAAAUAAGUGCUAUUUCAAAUGAGUGGAAGCAUACCCUAGUAACCUCUGAUGUGAGAGAUUAGAAGAGUUACAGAUUUAAAGACUUAAAACUCUUAAAGGUUAUCCUUUACAAAGAGAAAAUUUAUACUUUCAAUUACCAUUUAAAUAGUUCAUCUAGAAUUCAGCAUAAGAGGAUCAAUCUGUUUUGUGUCCCUGAAAAGGAGAACAUUCACAUAUAACCAUUUUGAAUAUGAAGUCUUCCGCUGAGUCCCUUGCAGGGUGUAAAAAUUUAUCUGUUAGGUCUAUUUAUAAGUACACCAAAUAGUAUUAAUAGAAGGAAUUGUUACCAUUCUGCUAAAAGAAAGCUUAUCAACCAUGCUCAUGGUUAUUAUUUAGACUUGUUACCUUUCAUAGAUACUUAUGAAAGACCCAUUUUCAAUUUGUUAGACCAAGCAGUUCUAGAACUGAGUAUCAUCCAGUUAUACUCCGUUGUUUAAAGAGUUUAUUCUGGGAUUUAAGGCAAUCAUCAGGCUUGAUAGCAAGCAGUAAUAUAGAGGGUUUCAGUGCUAAUGGUAUCUUGACUGUUGCUUUGGAAAGAUUCCAGGGUGAGUGAAGGAGUAGAGAUGCAUUUAUAAUACAGCUCUCCUCAUCCACCUGCUGCUUCUAACACUUCCUCAGCUUCCAAGCAUAUCUGUUUCCAUGAUGAAUGGUCUUCAAAUCACAAUUGCCUUGUAGUUUCAGCAGAAAUGUAUCUCAUGACGUCUGUGGUUAUUUCAGUGCAAUGUGGUUCUUUGCAAAAAGGUUCCACAGUAAUUAAUUAAUUAAAUUCUAAAUCUUAAAGUACUCAUAACUUUGAUAGAGAUAUUUCCAAAGAUGAAGGCCAUAACCUCCUCUCCAGGAAUACUGUUCAUAAGAGGAUUGGUGGGAGAUUACCGCUUGGAAAUCCAGCUAAUUUUUUCCCAUGUCAAGCUUGUGCCAUGGUGAAUCGUUUCAUUUGAUAGAGCAGCUCUACUAUUUUUUAGUAUAGUGUAGUUUAUGAUCCUGCUUUGAGUUCCAAGGUACUGCCUUUUAGUGAGCAUGUUGCAAGGUAAAGAGAACAUUCUUAUAAUUUGCUAAGUCAAAAGGAUUCAUACAUAGAGUAACUGUUCUCCAAACUACUAUGAAUUUGUUAAAGGAAUCGGAAAAAAUGUAGGUAUAUUUUGAGUAUAUCUACAACCUCAGAGAAAGAAGGAGGAGUGAGUAAUUGUUUUGAAAAGAAUCUGAAAACAACAAACUAGUAUACCCAAUCAUUAAUAUAGUCAGAAAGCUCUUCUGUAACUUAAUACCUAUUCAUUUUACUAUGAAAACUGUUAUAAAGAUUGAAGCAACAACAUCCUGAUCACACUUUAUUGGACUAAAGAGAUUGUGAGCCAAUAUAUUUGGAACUGCAGCAACCUUCAGAUCUAGGUCUGUAAGACUUCAAAGAAAGACAUUAGUCUGAUAUUUUGGUGUAGUCCCAGACCCCAAUAUUUUUCCCUCCAAAAAAAUACUGCUGUCUGUGGAAUGAAGUUUGAAUACUGAUGCCUUGAAGGAUAUGAAGUAUAUUUCAGUGGAUAUUGCAAAAAUUCAUCUGUUCAUUUUUGGACUCCUGACAAUGAAGAAGCUGUAUGCAAACUUGUGUAUAUUCAACUGUAAAAGAGAAGAUCUGAAGACAUCUGUUUUUAGAGGUUCACUACUCUCUUCUCACCUCACUGAUUCUAAUUCUUGUAUAGCUGAGUCAAAAUGAGUUCAAGAUUUUAUGAAGCCUUUAGAACCCAAUGGUAUGUUUCAGCUUUCAAAUUUUUGUAGCUAUUAUGUCAGCUUAAAAAGUUUUUGUACUUAUUCAAUGGAGUUUUUUCAUUAUGCUUUAUGAAGGCAGUGGUACUAUGUAUUCAUCCUACCUUUUUUGCCCUAGUUUAACUGGAUAUUUUCUUAUGCUUAGGACAGCUUUUUUAGUCCUAGAUCUAGAGGCAAAGUGAUAAUGAUUGAGUCUGGUUUUGAGGCUCACUUUCAAGAUGUACUGGAAAUAAGAAGAAAUCUGUGAGUGAUCUGUAACUCUGCAGUCACCUUGCCAUCUAAGAAAAUAAAACUGUGAAGGUGUCCCUUUCUUCUCAGGCAAGAUAUCAAGUUACUAAAACAUCAGUAUUCUAAUGUCAAGAUAAAUGAAGAACGUGCAUCAGAAGAGCUAUGUAUUUAGAGGGAAUAUGUGUACCAAGUUGUGAUGUGAUCAUCUACUUAUGUGUUCUCAACUUACAAUUUGACAUUUUGGAUGAUGAAGAGCAGCAGCAUGUGAGCCUGGUCAUUUACAGAAGUCCAAGCAAGAAAAUUGAAUUGUUUUGGUUGUUUGUUCUUGGUGCCUUCAGCAUGAGGGCUCUGAAAGAUAAGCCUCUAAAGAAGAGAAAACAAGAAAACAAACCACCAGAGGCUGGAGGUGCUACUGGAGGAAAUAGAACAGCUUCUCAGGAGACAGGUUCUGCAGGAAAUGGGGCACGGCCAGCACUGAUGGUUAGUAUUGAUCUGCAGCAAGCAGGAAGAGCAGACUCUCAGGCAACAGUAACUCAGGAUUUGGACACCAUCAAAAAACCUGAAGAAAUUAAGCAGUAUAAUGACGGGUUUAUGUGUGUUCCCCAAGAAGACACUGUUGGAGUUCUUAAAUUUAAACCUGAAAACCAUCCAGAAAUUUUUAGGAAAAAGUCAGACUUUGAAAGUCAAAAGACAGAUAUCCAGCAAAAUGAAAACAGACAAAUGGAAUUCCAGCAAAAUGAGAGCAGACGGUUGGAGAGUAAAUACAAUGAGAGCAAGCAGUUAGAAGUGAAACAUGAAAGCAGACAAAUGGAAAUGAAACAAAAUGAGAACAGACAGACAGAAUUGAAACAAAAUGAGAGCAGGCAAAUGGAGAUGAAACAAAAUGAGGGAAAACAAAAUAAUGGCAAACAGGAAAUACGGCAAAGGCCAGAAACGCCGAAACAGAAGAGUGAAGGCAGACCUGAAACACCAAAACAGAAGAGUGAAGGGAGGCCUGAAACACCUAAACACAAACAUGAUAAUAGGAGGGACUCCAAUAAACCUUUGUCAGACAAGAAAAUCGAAAUAUCUAGGCACAAACUAGAUGUGAAAUCUGAUCCUUCAAGGAUGAAACCUGAAAGUCGACCUGAUCCAACAAAACCAAGGCCUGAUGGGCGCUCAGGUUCUGACACACCAAGGCGUGACCAUGACAGCCUUAAACAAAGAUCUGAGGACAGGGGGGAGUCAGAGAGAUACAGAGGAGAUCCAUCCAAGAUCAGAAGGCCUGAAUAUUUGAGAUCCUCAAGCAAAAAUGAACAUGAUUCUAAGCAUGGUAUUAAAUCUGAUGGUUCAAAACCUGAGAAAUUUGAAAGGAAAUAUAGGCAUGAAUCUGGUGAUUCAAGGUUUUCUUCUGGGGAUCAGAAAUCAAGGCCUGACAGCCCUCGUAUUAAACAGGAAGGUAAAGGGGAUUCUAGCAAAUCAAGGCCUGAUAAACCUGGUUUUAAGUCACCAAACAGCAAGGAUGAACGAAGGACAGAUGGUAAUAAGAGUAAAGUAGAUAGUAAUAAAGCACAUGGUGACAAUAAAGCAGAGUUUCCCAGUUAUUUGUUGGGGGCAAGAUCUGGUGCAUUGAAACAUUUUGUCAUUCCAAAAAUCAAGCGUGAUAAAGAUGGCAAUGUUACUCAGGAGUCAAGGAAAACUGAAUUUAGAGGUGAACAUAAGGACAAAGUAGAGAAGAUUGGGCUAGUUGAAGAUCUAAAUAAAGGAGCUAAGCCUGUAGUUGUUCUUCAAAAGCUUUCUUUGGAUGAUGUGCAGAAAUUUAUUAAGGACAGAGAAGAUAAAUCGAGGGGCUCUUGUUUUAAACCUAACAAGAACAAGUCAUCCAAACCUAAUAAAGGUAGCAUAGAUCAGUCAGUGUUAAAGGAGCUGCCUCCUGAGCUCCUGGCAGAAAUUGAAUCCACCAUGCCACUUUGUGAACGUGUGAAAAUGAACAAGCGCAAACGUAGCACAGUUAAUGAGAAACCAAAAUAUGCUGAAAUCAGUUCUGAUGAAGAUAAUGACAGUGAAGAAGCUUUUGAAUCUUCUCGUAAGAGACACAAAAAGGAUAGAGAUGAAGCGUGGGAGUAUGAAGAACAUGACAGGAGAAGUUCUGGUGACCAUAGGAGAAGUGGACAUUACCAUGAAGGAAGGAGGAUUUCUGGUAGUGGCCGUUACCGUAAUCGCAGUCCCGAUGACUCUGAUAUGGAUGAUUAUUCUCCUCCUCCUAGCCUCAGUGAGGUGGCUAGAAAAAUGAAGAAGAAAGAAAAACAAAAGAAGAGAAAAGCUUAUGAACCUAAACUAACACCUGAAGAAAUGAUGGAUUCUUCAACCUUCAAAAGGUUUACUGCUUCAAUAGAGAAUAUUUUGGAAAAUCUGGAAGACAUGGAUUUUACAGCUUUUGGUGAUGAUGAUGAGAUCCCACAGGAAUUGCUACUGGGCAAACAUCAGCUUAGUGAGUUGGGUAGUGAAUCUGCGAAAAUCAAGGCAAUGGGCAUUAUGGACAAGCUCUCAACAGAUAAAACAGUAAAAGUUCUAAAUAUUUUGGAGAAGAAUAUUCAAGAUGGAUCAAAGCUUUCUACUUUACUUAACCAUAAUAAUGACACUGAAGAUGAGGAGAGAUUAUGGCGAGAUCUUAUUAUGGAAAGAGUGACAAAAUCUGCUGAUGCUUGUCUUACUGCUAUCAAUAUUAUGACAUCACCAAAUAUGCCUAAAGCUGUAUAUAUAGAGGACGUAAUAGAAAGAGUUAUUCAGUACACAAAAUUUCAUUUGCAGAACACACUCUAUCCUCAGUAUGAUCCUGUGUAUAGAGUGGAUCCUCAUGGUGGUGGUGUUUUAAGUUCAAAAGCAAAACGUGCCAAGUGUUCCACCCACAAGCAAAGAGUUAUAGUGAUGUUGUAUAACAAAGUUUGUGACAUUGUCAGCAGCUUGUCAGAGUUGCUGGAGAUACAGCUUCUCACUGAUACAACUAUUCUUCAGGUGUCAUCGAUGGGAAUAACACCUUUCUUUGUAGAAAAUGUCAGUGAGCUACAGUUAUGUGCCAUCAAAUUAGUGACUGCAGUGUUCUCCCGGUAUGAAAAACACAGACAGCUAAUAUUAGAAGAAAUUUUCACUUCCCUUGCACGACUACCAACUAGCAAGAGGAGUUUGAGAAACUUCAGGUUAAACAGCAGUGACACUGAUGGAGAGCCUAUGUACAUUCAGAUGGUAACAGCACUAGUUCUGCAGCUUAUUCAGUGUGUGGUACACUUACCAUCAGCAGAAAAGGAUUCUAAUUCAGAGGAGGAAUCAAACAAGAAAGUGGAUCAAGAUGUGCUUAUUACUAAUUCAUAUGAAACAGCCAUGAGGACAGCACAAAAUUUCCUUUCCAUUUUUCUUAAGAAGUGUGGCAGUAAACAAGGGGAGGAAGAUUACAGGCCACUGUUUGAGAACUUUAUUCAAGAUCUUCUUUCAACAGUCAAUAAACCAGAAUGGCCAGCUGCAGAGUUGCUACUUAGCUUACUAGGAAGGCUGUUGGUUCACCAGUUCAGUAACAAAUCCACAGAAAUGGCAUUAAGGGUUGCAUCUCUUGACUAUCUUGGAACUGUAGCAGCAAGACUGAGGAAAGAUGCAGUCACUAGCAAAAUGGAUCAAGGAUCUUUAGCCAGAAUCCUCAAACAGGUUUCAGGAGGAGAUGAUGAAAUUCAACAGCUGCAAAAGGCUUUACUAGAUUAUCUGGAUGAGAACACAGAAAUUGAUGCAUCAUUAGUGUUUUCUCGGAAGUUCUAUGUAGCUCAGUGGUUCCGUGAUACAACUAUGGAGACAGAAAAAGCAAUUAAAUCUCAGAAGGAUGAGGAUUCAUCUGAGGGAACUCAUCAUGCAAAAGAUGUUGAGACCACAGGACAAAUCAUGCAUAGAGCGGAAAGUCGCAAAAAGUUUCUUCGCAGCAUCAUUAAAACUGCUCCAUCCCAGUUCAGCACAUUAAAGAUGAAUUCUGAUACUGUGGACUAUGAAGAUGCAUGUUUGAUUGUUCGCUACUUGGCCUCUAUGAGGCCGUUUGCCCAGAGCUUCGAUAUUUAUUUGACACAGAUUCUGCGUGUACUUGGUGAAAAUGCAAUUGCUGUUCGAACAAAAGCCAUGAAGUGCUUGUCUGAGGUUGUUGCUGUAGACCCCAGUAUUCUAGCCAGGCUGGAUAUGCAACGAGGAGUUCAUGGGCGGCUAAUGGAUAACUCCACUAGUGUACGAGAAGCGGCUGUGGAGCUGCUUGGCCGAUUUGUGCUCUGUCGUCCUCAGCUUGCUGAGCAGUAUUAUGACAUGCUGAUUGAAAGAAUAUUGGAUACUGGCAUCAGUGUCAGAAAAAGAGUCAUUAAAAUACUUAGGGAUAUCUGCAUUGAACAACCAACCUUUCCCAAAAUUACAGAAAUGUGUGUGAAAAUGAUUCGGAGAGUCAAUGAUGAAGAAGGCAUUAAGAAAUUAGUAAAUGAGACAUUCCAGAAGCUCUGGUUUACUCCAACUCCACACCAUGACAAAGAAGCAAUGACAAGGAAAAUACUAAACAUCACUGAUGUGGUUGCAGCUUGUAGAGAUACAGGGUAUGAUUGGUUUGAACAGCUUCUUCAAAAUCUGUUGAAGUCAGAAGAGGAUGCCUCAUAUAAACCUGUGAAGAAAGCCUGUACUCAACUUGUUGACAAUUUGGUCGAGCACAUUCUUAAAUACGAAGAAUCUUUAUCAGAUUCUGACAAUAAAGGUGUGAAUUCCAGUCGCUUGGUUGCUUGCAUAACCACUUUGUUCUUAUUCAGCAAAAUAAGGCCCCAGCUAAUGGUCAAACAUGCCAUGACCAUGCAGCCAUACCUGACCACUAAAUGUAGUACCCAGAAUGAUUUCAUGGUGAUCUGCAAUGUUGCAAAAAUCUUAGAGCUUGUAGUGCCGCUAAUGGAGCACCCAAGUGAGACCUUUCUUGCUACUAUUGAGGAGGACCUCAUGAAACUCAUCAUCAAAUAUGGCAUGACAGUUGUUCAGCACUGUGUGAGCUGUCUUGGGGCUGUUGUGAACAAGGUCACCCAGAACUAUAAAUUUGUGUGGGCUUGUUUUAAUAGAUACUAUGGUGCACUUUCUAAAUUAAAAAAUCAACACCAAGAAGACCCCAACAGUACAAUACUUACUGCCAAUAAACCAGCACUCCUUAGAUCACUUUUCACUGUUGGAGCACUGUGUCGGCAUUUUGAUUUUGAUCAGGAAGAUUUUAAGGGCAACAGUAAGGUUAACAUUAAGGAUAAAGUCCUUGAACUGCUGAUGUAUUUUACAAAGCAUUCAGAUGAAGAAGUACAGACAAAAGCCAUUAUUGGUCUUGGAUUUGCAUUUAUACAGCACCCAAGUUUAAUGUUUGAACAAGAAGUGAAGACUCUGUACAACAGCAUUCUUUCAGAUAAGAACUGUUCAGUAAACUUAAAAAUCCAGGUGUUAAAAAACCUCCAGACCUACUUGCAGGAGGAAGAUACACGUAUGCAGCAGGCAGACAGAGACUGGAAAAAAGUAGCAAAACAGGAAGACCUGAAAGAAAUGGGUGAUAUUUCCUCAGGGAUGAGUAGUUCCAUCAUGCAGCUAUAUCUCAAACAGGUCCUUGAGGCUUUCUUUCAUAACCAGUCCAGUGUACGCCACUUCGCUCUAAAUGUCAUUGCUCUGACAUUAAACCAAGGUCUCAUCCAUCCUGUUCAGUGUGUGCCGUACUUAAUUGCUAUGGGCACAGAUCCAGAGCCCUCUAUGCGAAAUAAAGCUGACCAACAGUUGGUGGAAAUAGACAAAAAAUAUGCUGGGUUCAUUCACAUGAAAGCAGUGGCUGGUAUGAAGAUGUCUUACCAAGUACAGCAGGCAAUUAAUACCUGCCCAAAAGAUCCUGUGAGAGGUUUUAGACACGAUGAAUCAUCCAGUGCACUGUGUUCACACCUCUACUCCAUGAUUCGAGGGAACCGUCAACACAGACGAGCCUUUCUAAUUUCUUUACUCAACCUCUUUGAUGAUACUGCAAAAACGGAGGUGAAUAUGCUUUUGUACAUAGCAGACAAUCUAGCCUGUUUUCCGUACCAAACACAGGAAGAGCCACUGUUUAUAAUGCAUCAUAUAGACAUUACACUAUCAGUUUCUGGUAGCAACCUACUACAGUCAUUUAAAGAGUCUAUGGUGAAAGACAAAAAAAAGGAAAGAAAGCCUUCAUCGGAGGCAGAGACCGAGAGUGACAGUAACAGUGGUAGUGGGAGUGAAAGUGAGGAGGAAGCUUCUAAGCCUCGGAGGUUACGGAAACGAGUGGACUCUGAUUCAGAUUCUGAUGAAGAAAAUGAUAUAAAUGCAGUGAUGAAGUGUUUACCUGAAAAUUCAGCUCCUUUGAUUGAAUUUGCUAAUGUCUCCCAAGGCAUAUUAUUACUUCUGAUGCUGAAACAGCAUCUAAAGAACCUCUGUGGAUUCUCUGAUAGUAAAAUUCAAAAAUAUUCUCCAUCUGAAUCUGCAAAAGUUUAUGAUAAAGCUAUAAACAGGAAGACAGGAGUGCAUUUUCAUCCAAAACAAACUUUGGAUUUUCUGCGAAGUGAUAUGGCUAAUUCCAAGAUCACAGAAGAAGUGAAGAGGAGUAUAGUAAAACAGUACUUAGAUUUCAAGCUCCUUAUGGAACAUUUGGAUCCUGAUGAAGAGGAAGAAGAUGGAGAGGUGUCAGCUAGCACAAAUGCUCGGAACAAAGCAAUUACCUCGCUGCUUGGAGGAGGCAGCCCUAAAAACAAUGCAGCUGAGACAGAGGACGAUGAAAGUGAUGGGGAGGAUAGAGGAGGAGGCACUUCAGGGUCAUUGAGAAGGUCAAAACGAAAUUCAGACUCUACGGAGUUGGCAGCACAGAUGAAUGAAAGUGUUGAUGUCAUGGAUGUCAUCGCUAUUUGCUGUCCAAAGUACAAAGACCGACCACAAAUUGCAAGAGUAGUACAGAAAACCAGCAAUGGCUUCAGUGUUCAGUGGAUGGCAGGCUCCUACAGUGGCUCCUGGACUGAGGCUAAGCGCCGUGAUGGCCGCAAACUGGUGCCUUGGGUAGACACUAUUAAAGAGUCAGACAUUAUUUACAAAAAAAUUGCUCUAACGAGUGCUAAUAAGCUGACUAAUAAAGUUGUGCAGACUUUACGAUCGCUGUAUGCCGCCAAGGAUGGAACUUCCAGCUAA